AUGCUGAAACAAUUGCAAAUGGGCCUUCGCGCGUUCAUGCUCCUCGCCUCUAAAGUAUGGAGUUGUUUUUGUUACAUGUUUAGAAAGCAGUAUCGAGCGUUGGCUCAAUAUCAAUCUGUCAAAUAUGAGAUAUACCCACUUUCUCCAGUAUCUAGACACAGGCUGAGUUUAGUCAAAAGAAAAAUGUUGGUACUGGACUUGGAUGAGACCUUAAUACACUCUCAUCAUGAUGCAAUGCUGCGGCCAACAGUAAAGCCUGGCACCCCACCUGAUUUUGUACUCAAAGUUACUAUAGAUAAGCAUCCAGUUAGAUUUUUUGUUCACAAAAGGCCACAUGUUGACUACUUCUUGGAUAUAGUGUCACAAUGGUACGAGCUGGUAGUGUUCACGGCGUCUAUGGAGAUAUAUGGCGCUGCUGUUGCCGACAAAUUGGACAACGGACGGGGAAUUCUCCGGCGGCGGUUUUACAGACAACAUUGCACGCCGGAACACGGCUCGUACACAAAGAACUUAUCAUCGAUAUGCGAUGAUCUUAACAGGGUAUUCAUUCUGGACAAUUCUCCCGGCGCUUAUCGGGAUUUUCCAGAUAACGCGAUCCCAAUAAAGUCGUGGUUCUCGGACCCCCUGGACGUGGCGCUGUUGAAUCUUUUGCCAGUUCUCGACGCGCUGCGCUUCACGCAUGACGUGCGCUCAGUGCUGUCGAGAAACCUGCACUUACACCGCCUAUGGUAG